AUGACUCCACCAAUUGGUGUAAAUGGAGAUAACUUUAGAGAUCCAACAACUGCUUGGCAGGGUCCCGACGGAACCUGGAAAGUAGUCAUUGGGAGCUAUAGCAAUAAACAGGGCAUGGCCAUAAUAUACCAAAGUAAAGAUUUUGUUAACUGGACUAUGCAUCCAAAACCUCUUUAUUCGACAUCGAAAACCGAUAUGUGGGAGUGCCCGGACUUCUUUCCUGUGUCGAUUAACAACACCAAUGGGGUUGAAACCUCUGUCACAAAUCCUAGUGUUAGGCAUGUUAUGAAGUCUGACUUUACGGGAACCAGUUCGGACUUGAGAAUUGAUUACGGUAAAUUCUACGCCUCGAAGACAUUCUUUGACAGUAAGAAGAACCGAAGGAUACUAUGGGCUUGGGUGAAUGAAUCCAAUAGUUCCGAAGAUGAUAUACAUAAAGGAUGGUCUGGACUUCAGGCAAUUCCGAGGAAGAUUUGGAUAGAUAGAUCCGGAAAGCAAUUAGUACAGUGGCCAGUGGAAGAACUCAACAAUCUACGUGAUAAUCAAGUCUAUGUUUAUGGCAAGCAUCUCAAAAGCGGAUCGGUUUUUGAAGUUUCGGGCAUCACUGCUUCAAAGGUCGAUAUAGAAACAAUGUUCGAAUUGCCUGAACUAGAAGAGGCAGAGUUCAUGGAUACCAGUUUGGUUGAUCCCCAACUAAUCUGCGACAGAAAAGAUUCAUUUGUCACUGGAAAAUACGGACCAUUUGGUUUAUUAGCUUUGGCAACAAAGGACUUGAAAGAAUGAUCUGCGAUUUUCUUUAGGAUUUUUCGAGUCGAUAACAGAUAUGUAGUACUUAUGUGCAGUGAGCAGAAGAGAU